GAACAGGAAUUAGAACCUGGGAAAAUUUUGGUCUCCUUCUUCGUCUCUAUGGGCUCUGCUCCCCCGUCUUUCUGUUGGGCUCUGUUUCUCUCCCUCUCUAGAAAUCUCUCCCUUGUGCUCCAUUUACUUUCGAUUCGCUGCGUCUCUUUCUGAAUCUGCAGCGCUUUUGUCUCUUUGAAUCGUUACUCUUGGAACCUAAACUGUUUUAUAUUCGGACUCUGAUUCUUCCUCUCUCUCUCUGGUUUUUGCCGUGUUUCACUCUCUAAAUUUGUUCUUUGUUUCUUACAGUUGUUUCUUCUCUUUUGUUUUUAGGUGUACUUCUUGUCUCCAUUCUAUCGUGAAAGUUUGCUGUGAUUGUAAUAUUUUUUUAUUUAUUUUUUAAUAGUUUGUUCAUAUGGUCUGGUUUUCCGGCAAAGGAACCUAUUUUCUGGUUCUUUAGCCGGUGCAGAAAUCGAUGCUAAUGAAACCCCUAGUUUUCGUCUCGAUUGUUUUAAGUAUUCGACUAUAGAGACGGAAAAGAUCUACGGAUUCUUGUUCUCGCUUCUGUGUUUUCGGAGUUUCCAGGCCGGAGAUUCUGUAUCCUGUAUCCCAACCAAGAAUCAGAAACUAGUUGAGUUCCCGGUCAUUUUGAGAUUUGACGGUUCAAAGCUUUCUUUGUAGAACAAAUACUCCAGUCCAGAGCAAAAGAAAAGACGAGAUCCUUAAUAGGUGAUUGUGCUUUCUCUCUCUAGAGGGAACAGGAAACAGAGAUACGUGAUUCUCUUUCUCAACGAAAAGGAAAACGGAGAUGUUCGAUACUUAAUGGUUUUUCUCUCAAGAGCAAAUAGUAAACAGAGGUAAUCUCUGUCUUUCUCUUCAAAUGAGCAACCCCAUUGAUUUCUUGUUCUCAAAGGGGCAAAGUUUGAGGCUUUAGUGAAUGGCUCAGGCCACUGAUACCGAGAACUUAGGGCUUCGGUUCCAGAUCUCAGUCGAAGAACAGUGCCAUAGCUCAGGGACCAUUGCUUUUCCAAGAGACCUUUUGCAGAGGCUUAUGGCCUCAGAUAACAGCUCAAAUAAACUUUCUGGUGAAAAUUCUGGCCCAAACUCACUGGAAAAUGAUCAAAAAAUUGACUGGGGCCUCAAUCUAGGGCUAUCUUUAGGUGGGCGCUUUGGCCUAGAUAGAUCAUCGUCUGUUAUAGAUCCGUCCACUAAAGGGCAUGGAAUCCUUCGAUCCUCUUCACUUCCAGCCACUUACUUGCCAGAAUCUUUGACUAUGUUACCGGAAAAUGAUUUUCCGUCGACUGAGAGGCAGAUUCAGGCGGCAAGAAGGCUCGAGGUCAAGAAGAAGAGGGAGGAGAAGCAGCAACAACAGAUGAUGAAGAGGAGGAAGAGUUUUGAUGGUGAUUAUUUUGGCUUUCAGGUUUUCGGUUCCAGAGAUGAAGAUCGAGCAAGUUUGACUGAUGAUCGAGUAGGGUUUCAGCCUUUGAGUUGCAAAAACAAAGAUCGAGCAACUCUGGAUGAGGAUAGAUUAGCGUUUCUGGCCCGUGACAAAGAUCGAGCAGCUUCGGAUAAGAAUCAAUUAGGGUUUGCUCCGCCAAUGAAUUUCAGGGAUAAAGUUCAAGCAUCUUUACAGGAAGAAAAAUUAACGUUUUCUCCAUGGGGUUGUGGAGAUAAAGAUCGAGCGAGUUUAGAGGCUGAUUGUGCUGGAACUGAGGUGUCAACAGCUGGGGAGGCAAGAGAGAAAGAGAUUUGCAGGGAUGCUAAGCCAGAAACGCUAGCCCUAGGUCUUAGUGGCCACAUGCAGAGCACUAGUGGAAAUGAGUUGCCCCCUUUUCUCUACGGUUGGCCUGGCCUUGCUCGAACUUCGAGCCUUAAUAACAGUGGAAGUAACAGUACUCUGUAUCAGCCAAUAGCUUCGAGGCCAUUUGCUCCUUCUCCUCAUGCGUCUCUGGUUUCUCAGGGUAGUAGCUCCUCUGGAUUCUCUGAAUUUGAUAGCAGAUCAGCUCCAGGGGGAAGCAGUAGCAUCGAGGCUAAAAGCCCCAUGAGUGCGGAAGCUGGAGCGGAAGCUCGGGUUCUCCCUAGGGGUUUAUCGGUGAGUGCGGAUAAAGGAGGUGAAGCUCGGGUUCUUGCUAGGGGUCUAUCGGGGAGUGCGGAUAAAGGAGGGGAAGCUCGGGUUCUUGCAAAGGGCCUAUCGGCGAGAAUGCCUUGUGUUACAACGAAGGGUGAGGGACCGAAUGGUAAGAGAGUGGAGGGUGUUCUCUAUAAUUACAGUAAGGGUGAAGAGGUGAGCAUUGUCUGUGUUUGCCAUGGCACUUUUCUCACUCCCGCCGAGUUUGUGCGCCAUGCUGGCGGUGGGGAUGUCGACCACCCUCUCCGACAUAUUGUCGUCAUUAAUCCCUCUCCUUCCUAGAGAUGGAGAGCCAUUGCAGGUAGCCAAUCUUAGAGAGAGAAACUACGUGAUACCUCUCCUAUAGAGAGAAUACAUGAUUAGGAGAGUAAAUUAAGCCUCGCAAGUGGGGGGAGAGAAUAAAUAAGACCUCUCCCCAAAGAGAAAGAGAGGAGAGAGAGUACAUGAUGCCUCUCCUAAAAGUAGUAGUUGGGAGGGAUUUUCACAUGUACCUGCUUGUGGUUUUUCUCGCUUCCUUUUUCUUUAUGUUUGUUUCUUUUGGUGGACGUGGCUUUGGAAUGAAUUGUACAGCUCAAAUUAAGAGGAAAUGGUAAUGUUGUUACUGUCUGUAA